UCCAGAGGGGAGGCGRACCGGAGCCGAGCUCAGACAGCGCCGAGCGGUGUCGGAACUACUUCGGCAGCGACAAACAUGAGAGGAGAUAAGUUUACAAGCUGAUCCAGGCUGGUCGACAGCCGUCGUCGAGUUUUUAUUUCAAAGACGCGACUCGAACCGGACCGGACCGGACCGGUGGACGCCGACAGUUCGCGGGACAGUUCCUGGGAAAAAACAACUCCGUGUUCGGAUACUCGGCGGCGGCAGGAGCGGUGUGUGUGAGGGGCUUUGGCGGCGGUCCCGCUGCUAGCGAAACAUGAACAAAACCCACCGAGUGCCGAGCAGCCAUUCUCUGAUUACCGUGGAGGUGAAGAGCAAGUUUGGUGCAGAGUUUCGUCGGUUCUCCCUGGAUCGGUCGAAGCCCGGCCGUUUCGAUGAGUUCUACGGCCUCCUGCAGCACGUGCAYCGCAUCCCCAACGUGGAGCUGCUGGUGGCCUACGCCGACAUCCACGGGGACCUGCUGCCCAUCAACAAUGACGACAACUACCACAAGGCUAUCUCCACCGCUAACCCUCUGCUCAGGCUCUUCCUGCAGAGGAAAGAGGAAGCCGACUACUCGACGCUGGGAACCGACUCGAUGACCAGGAAGAAGAACACGGUCCUUUCGGCGGUUCUCCUCCGGCCCGACGCGAACAAGAAGAAACCUCCGGUGAUCAUCAGCCUCCCGAGAGACUUCCGCCCCGUGUCCUCCAUCAUCGACGUGGACAUCCUCCCGGAGACGCACCGGCGCGUGCGCCUGUACAAGCACGGCCAGGAGAAGCCGCUGGGGUUUUACAUCCGCGACGGCUCCAGCGUGCGGGUGACCCCGCAGGGYCUGGAGAAGGUCCCGGGCAUCUUCAUCUCCCGCUUGGUGCCCGGCGGCCUGGCCGAGAGCACCGGCCUGCUGGCCGUGAACGACGAGGUGCUGGAGGUGAACGGCAUCGAGGUGACGGRCAAGUCUCUGGACCAGGUGACGGACAUGAUGAUCGCCAACAGCCACAACCUCAUCAUCACCGUGAAGCCGGCCAACCAGCGCAACAACGUGGUGCGCGGCGGCGGAGGAGGAGGGACUGCGUCUGGUAGCUCGGGACGCUCGUCGGACAGCGGCGCCAGCUACUAUGGUUACUCGACRCACAGCGCCGCUGCCUCUGUACCGUCGCACAUCAUCCAGAACUUCCCCGCCGGGGAGCUGGAGAGCGACGAAGAGGACGAGGACCUGGUGAUCGAGGCGGGAGGCGAGGCCAUCAGACACGCCCACUCCAACUACAGCAUACACUCAGUGCCUCGCUACGAACCGCACCUCAACCUCCGCACCAACACAAGCUCCGCCCACAGUGUCCACACCAACGGGACCCUGCCGGGCAGCAGCGGCUCGCUCAGCAAGUCGGCCACGCCCUCACCGGACAGAGCGAAGGAGAGGCGGAGCCUGGAGGAGGAAGGCACGGUCAUCACGCUGUAGACUAAUCACUGGAAAACAAACACUCAGACGCCUCCGCGAGUUCCAGGAGGCGGGAGGAGGGUCAAACAUUUUCUCAUCACACUGUGACUCAGCGUUACACUGAUGCUAACGUCUGUAUCCUAACAUACACACACCACGCUCCUCUGUACCUGCCAAUCAUCGCUCUGCGGUGAUAAUUACCACCGUCUGCAUCCAGGAGCACAACCUGCAGAACCACAGCUGAUCUGAGCUCACAUGUUCUUUGUGUUUAAAUCUGUGAAGAGGUCCAUCUCAUAACAAACACUGAGGCUCGAGCAUUCAUCACCUCCCAGUUUCCUCCUGUCUUUAUUGAAACAAAAUAUCAGGGUAAUGCCAAAGCAGCUGACCAAAUACUGACGUCUGACCCGGGUCCAGUUUUUAAUUAGGUUUAAGCCACUGAAAAAUCAAUGUUUUUUAACAACAGUUAUUACUCAUUUUGUUUUGACUUGGCUGUGGUCACGACUGACUGAUUUCAGCCUGUUUUUAUAUCACCAGUUCAUUUCUUUUUAUUGUUGGUGAGAAAUGUGCACUUUUUUUUAUUUUAAAAUUCCUGUCAGAUCAGACAAAUGUUCCAGUCAAAUUUCAUUUUUAACUUGGUAGUGUCUCCCUGGGCUGCAGCUGCUGGUGGAACAGAGUUUAUGAGAGAGUUUCCAGAAUGUCUCACGAUGUCCACAGGGGUUCGGUUUCAUCUCUCUCAACUCGCAGUUUUGUUGUUUGAAUUUUGAACAUUCAAAAGCG